UCACCCAUCAGAAAAUCAGAGAGAUCAGAUCAACCAUCUUUAAUCCUCCAAACCACCGAAUGUAAACCCAAAUUGACAAUGAAGUCAUCAAUUUCCAACACAAGAAUCAUUCUUCAAACAGCAAUUGCAUCAAGACUCAUUCUACUAACCCUAACACUCAUCUGGAGAUCAAUCAUCAACCCAUACGACACUUCAGCUUCAAUGAACCCCAACUGCCUCUCCACCACCACCACCACCACCGCCCCCACCGUCGUAUUCCCCCGCAUCGCCGCCUCUGUUGAAAACGGCGUCGUAUGGGACAGCGUGUACUUUGUUAGAAUUGCUCAAUGUGGUUAUGAAUAUGAACAGACUUAUGCUUUCUUGCCUCUUUUUCCGGCUUUUAUCUUGAUCUUGUCUCGAACAGUUUUUCAGCCUUUAAUUCCCCUUAUUGGAGAUAGAGCUGUGUUAGCAUUGUCUGGGUAUUUUGUUAGCAACGUCGCAUUCGUUUUUGCUGCACUGUUUCUUUACAGGCUUUCUGUUAUUGUUCUGAAGGACCCCGAAGCAUCAUUGCGAGCAUCAAUCUUGUUUUGCUUCAAUCCCGCAUCUAUAUUCUAUUCAUCCAUUUACUCUGAGAGCUUGUACGCACUAUUAUCUAUAGGAGGCCUAUACUUUUUACUGUCGGGUUCAAACAAUUUAGCAUCCCUCUGGUUCGCUCUCUCCGGUUGUGCAAGAUCAAAUGGGGUGCUAAACGCAGGGUAUAUCGGUUUUCAGACUAUGCAUCGGGCUUACGAUGCUUUGUUUCUUCAAAAGAACCUAAUUUUGGCGUUUCGGGUUCUUAUAACUGGAUUUUUGCGUUGCGUGUUUAUUUUCAUUCCGUUUGUUGCUUUUCAAGCAUACGGAUACUAUAACCUGUGUGCCGGACGCGAUCCGGAAACAUCAAGGCCUUGGUGUAAAGCGAAGAUUCCUCUGCUUUACAAUUUUAUUCAAAGUCAUUACUGGGGCGUUGGUUUUCUACGAUAUUUUCAGUUUAAACAGUUGCCGAAUUUUCUUCUUGCAUCACCGAUACUUUCAAUGGCAGUCUGCUCAAUUAUCUAUUAUGUGAAGCUACAGCCUACGGUUUUCUUUUCACUCGGUUUUCAAGUUGACCCGAAAACCGCUUCUUUUUUGGAGACGCAAACAUCAACAGUAAGUCGAGAAGACCAGGCUCUUAGAAGGAGAAAACACAGCAAACAAGAAGUGGGGCCUACCGCGCUCUCCACAGAUAGUGUACCAGUUGAAAAAUUAGAAAGAUUUUCGAUUAUCAUCGUCCCGUUUGUUUUACACUUGGGUUUCAUGGUGGCCACAGCAUUUUUUGUCAUGCAUGUCCAGGUUGCUACACGGUUUUUGUCAUCAAGCCCACCAAUCUAUUGGUUUGCUUCAUAUGUAUUAACAUCUCACAAAGGCUGGGGAUACUUGAUUUGGGGCUACUCUGCAGCCUACAUCCUCAUUGGCACUCUACUUUUCUCAAACUUCUACCCAUUCACUUAGAAAUUUCACAACUUGUAACAGUAUAACAAUCUUUGACACAACUCAAAUUUUGAUGAUUAAAUGAAAAUGUAUAUGUACA